UUUUAGCUGUUUAAAUAUCUUAAUUAUGUUUGAUGGAGCCAACAUUGUUAUUUAUUUUAUGUUUGUUCUUUUGAAAGACCUUCCUGCCCCCACCAGUGUGGCAGAAGCGCUGAAACAGAGGCUGGAAAUCUACAAGCAGGCAGCAGAGGGUGCUAAGAGCAAAGGAGAUGAUCGGAAGGCUCGCAUGCACCAGCGCAUUAUGAAGCAAUACCAGGAUGCCAUUAGAGCUCACAAUGCAGGACGACCCGUCAACCUUUCUGAUCUGCCUAUUCCUCCUGGCUGCCCACCUCUCCAGGGCUCAGAGGGGAGUCAGCAGAACCUGAUAGGUGUCCUAGAAACGGCUAUGAAAAUAGCAAAUCAGGAUGCAGACGCAGAGGAUGACGAUGAGGAUGGACAAAAAGAGGCAGCUAAGCCUGCAGUGCGUCCUUCUGUGCAGAAAGCAAAGUCUCCAGCUCCCCCAGUCCCCGCUGGAUCCUCAGCUCCAAAGCUGGGAGCUAAAGCCCAGCAGCAGGUGGACUUCCUGUUGCUACGGCGACAGGCCUUUAUGCGUGCAGCGCUUCGCUCCAAACAAGUGAAGGACAUGAUUGGAGCAAAGCAGCACCUCAGGAACGCCAAGGGACUGGACAACAUGAUCACAGCUGCAAAGUCUGGCCUACCCAUUGAUAUCACAAAGAUUCCAAGUGCUCCAGUGAGUGAGGAGGAUUAUUCCCUGGGUCGCUCCCGGACCUCUCCUGUCUCCCCUCGCUCCAGUGAAAAGUACCACGACCUCAUGGACCGCUUACGAAAUCAACAUAAGAAAUUUUCAGAUCUCUGUCAGCAGUUCACUCUCAUGGGAAACAUACCUGAGGCUUUGAAGACUGAGAAACUUGUUGAAGAGACCAUGAAGUACAUAGAGAUGCUGAAGAAUGCCCAUGCCAACGGUCAGCCAGUCCCCAAGUGCCACACCCAGGAGAGAACCUUCAACUCUCCAAAAAUAUACUCUGACCUGUCUCCUAAUGACCUGGUACUGUACAUCAUCCGAGGCGUCAACCUUCCAGCUCCGUCAGGUGUCUCUCCUAAUGAUCUGGAUGCAAGCGUAAAAUUUGAGUUUCCUUUUCCCAGCUCGGAGGACGCCCAGAGGGACAAAACCGGCACCGUGAAGAACACCAGCAGCCCAGAGUUUAAAGAGCAGUUCAAACUCAACAUUAACCGAGCCCACAGAGGAUUUAAACGGGUCGUUCAGUCCAAAGGCAUCAAGUUUGAAAUUGUCCACAAGGGAGGUCUAUUUAAGACCGAUAAAGUGGUGGGUACUGCUCAGCUGAAGCUAGAGGCUCUGGAAAACCACUGCGAGAUCAGAGAGAUCAUAGAAGUGAUGGAUGGUCGUAAAGCUACAGGUGGAAAAUUGGAGGUGAGGGUGAAGAUCAGAGAGCCUCUCUCUGGGGUGGACCUGCAGCCAACGACAGAUAAGUGGUAUGUUCUGGAGCUGGUCCCGACGCUCUCCCCUCCAGAGAAACAAAGGGAGUGGGCUCCAUCUCCUCGAUCUAAACCCAAACACGAAUCGAGCGGCAGAAGCAGUCAUUCCAGCAACUCUCCUCCACAGUACAAGCUCCACAGCUUCAGCCUCCUCAACUACGACAAGGAGCGGCUGGAGAGGAAGAUUGGAGAUUACCGGAAAAACCAUCGCGAUCCCCCAGCUGACCUCAUUCAUCAACACAAAGACGUCCUGCACAGGCUGCAGUGGCAGAAAGCGCAGCUGGAGCGCGCCUCUCCUGCUCUGCUGACAGAGUAUGAACACGUGCUGCGGCGAUUUGUCCAAGGACUUUCUGAUUCUGUAAAGAAAUACUCCAGCCAAGGCAACAGGGAAGCUGCAAAGGAUGCGCUGGGCAGGCUGAAGAUGGUAGAGAGCGAGCUGGAAUCUCUAAAAAGAAAACGCACCGGAUGAAAGGAUGGUGAGGUGGAGACGUGGCUGGAGUACUGUUUUCUCUUUCAUUCAUGCUUGCCACCAGACGCUACAAAACGCAGCUUGGAUGAGACGAUGCUCAUGACCGAGACAACUGCAUGAGCCGACCUGCUUCCUCUCUUUCCUUACAACCUGUAUUACAAGUGGGCGGUAAAUGUAUCUACUGAGGGACAACGGAAGCUAAAGGAAGCCUUUAGAGGGUGGAAGGAGAACCUGAAUUAUUUUGCACUUAUUAAGAUAAAACACUACAGAGAUUUGUUUUUACACCAAUCAUUUGAAUGAUUUGGGAGAUUAAUUAAAGGAUUUUGUUUUACAUUUUACACCAGCUCUUUUGGUGUUCACUAAUGACCAAAAAUAUAUCUUUGCCCGUUUGCGGGUUCUGAGGUGUUCUGAACAAGUGGAAUGAGGUGGAAUUAACCCUUUCUUGUCACAUUUUACCUUUGUAAUGAGCUUAAUCUAAUCUGUCUGCACCAGUGUUCCCAGAUUACAAUAAUCUCCUCCUUUUGGAGUCUUCUGGUACUGAGAGGAAAGAAAACGAAACACAAAACAGGGCUUUCGAAUCCCGGUGCUUACAUCCUAUGAAGGAUUACUUUUUCACCAGGAAACAGUCAGGGAGGUGGGAACUGGUUGUUAGGAUCCCUCCAUCAUCACAUGUCUAUUAUUUCGUUACUUGAUCUUUAUGGGUCAUUUCCUUAUUUGGUUCUAGUCCAAUUCAAGUCAAGGCUAAAAUUAUUAAUAAAUUAAAUAUUAAAGCUUAUGGUUUAAAAUGAAUUUCCUUUGACUAAAAAGUUUUAAACAAACAGGAGAUAAGGAGCAUCUUCUACUUGUAAUUAACCAGGAUUGAUGGGGCAUUCAUUUUGAAUAAAACAUUAGCUUACUCUUUUUAAAAAUGGUAUUUUCUCUAUAAUCAAUGAGAAAUCUUUAUUGGCAUUUCAGUAAUUAAAUCCUUUGACUUCCUCUGGUUAUCUUUAACAUUGGAUGGCCUCUUGUCAUCAGCCUAACUCAGCUCUCCAUAGAUUUUUUGUUUCUUUCCUUUUAUCUGAUUCAUGUGUGGACUUCAGCUUGGUCACUCCAGAAUGUCAGAAAAAACUUUAAGAUUAAGCAUUAAUUUAAAUGUAUUAAUAAUUCUUGGCCUAACCAUGCAUAGAAUGUAUAUUAUGUCAGUCCUCCAUUCAUUUAUUUUUUAACAGAACUAGGUUCCCAGGUCUGAAUAUCUGAUAUUUUUUUAAUCCACAAAGCGUUCAGUCUUAGAUUUUUAAAUACAACCAUAAAAGACUAGACUCCUCAGAAAUCUAUUUGGCUUAACUAUUGCUCUAUUUGCUGUAACUCUCAGUACAGUUUGAAGGCGUGACUUUUGGAGCAGUGUGGAGAGGGAUGCUGGUGUUUGUCGUUUUCAGUUAGCCAUACUUGGUGCUUCUUAGGUUUCCCCAACAUCUUAAAUUAAUUUCUUUCAAUCUACGGAUUUUGGUGUACGGUGGAUGUCUCCAAUUUUUAACCAACAGGAUACUAAUUUCAAACUCCCGUCAUAUUGAUUUUUUAAAAAUGAAGCUGGCAUUAGUCUUCCAAAAUGAUGUUGGAAAUUUGUUGAAGGCAGGAAGUUGGUAUUCAAUGUACUUUGUCAUGAGAUAAGUUGUCUGACAGAAGAACAGUCCUGGUAACAUAAGGUGCAGAAGGAAAUGAGACUCAAAGCAAUUGACUUGAUCUGUAUUUAGACGUCUCCUUUUUCAGUUUGAGUGUAAUUAUGCUGCCAGUCCGUAAUGAAUUAAUUCAGCAGCCGAUCAGAAAAUAAUGAGCAGCUGCUGUGUCACUGCGCUGCUGCUGAUAUCUGUCCAGCUGAGAUCAUAGACUGCUCUGUCCACAGGACAGAUCUCCAAUUUGUGCUGGUAUGGAGAGGUAAUUGCUCAUCCACCCCCCCUGUCCAAGCCAUUUUUUUCCCUGAACCAUAUUUUAAAACCAGAGACAUGCGGAGACGCAGCAGAUCGCACCAGCUUCCACAGUCAGACCACUGAGCUGCCAUGCCUUAUGAUCUUUUUUAGGAAACCCCUUGCAGAUGUUUCUGCUCUUGUUUGAUAAUAUGUUGCCUAUCAGCAGCAGCACCUAGCCUGCUUCACAUGAGAAUAAAGUAUCCAUUUGCUCACAUAUAGGCUUUUUUUUUAUUCAGUCAUAUGGCCAUUGAGAUAAUCAUGUGUUCAGAAUAUAUUGCCAUGCAUCCUCAGAAAAUAAUCUUAGUGAAAGCUGGAGUUUGGAGACUGUUGUGAAGCUUUUCCUUCUCCUACUUCACCUACUGACCACUUAAAUUAUGUAUUUCCUGUCCUUUAGGCAGCUAUUGAUUUCCAUUAAUUUGAGGUUGUCUUAUAAAUAACUUUAGAGGCUUUUGGGCCAAAUGUGACAGCGUUAAUGUUCGUCUCUAAUGCAUUUAUGUAGCGGUGCGGUUUAAAUGCCGAUUAAUCUGCAAAGCUCUGCAUUAGGCGAGAUUUAAUGGCUGUGACUUUGACUUAUUUUAAUGCAGUCUCUGGGGAUUAGCUUUUUUUUAAAGGUCUUCUUUAAGGGUUUUCAUCUAUUUCAGAAACAUGUGAAGCUCACCAAGGGCUGCUAUUAUAGGUUUAAAGGUUUUAGUCGGCUUCCAUUGUAAUAUUUGCAGGUAUUCUUUUAUUUUUAAGUAUGAAACUGUAUUUGAGUAUAAUGAGAACAAGCUGGGAUAUUUGGAUUUUCUCUAAACAAGGAAGGAUUAACAUCAAUGUUCUGUACAUUUUAAAGAAAUGUUGCUCAGGAACCUGUAGAAAAUCAUCAUGCUGUUUGUUGCAAACAAUUCUUGCUAGGUAGAUUUUUUUUUAAAGAAAUUCAAGGGCAUUUAGAUGUCUGACUUGCCCGUUAUGUUCUGUUUGGAAAUCACAAAGCCAUUUAUGAUUUUCUAUUUCAUGCAUCCGAAGUUUAAACCUCUAGCUUCUGAUGUGAGGUGAGGGUAAACAACUUGGAGAUGCCCACCCCUUAUUACUCUACUAGCUUUCUGCAGUACAAAAGUACAACUAAACAUGAUACUACCACCACCAUGCUUGACCGUUUUAAAAGGUCUGUGUGGCCUACCUAAGCCUUGACCUUAUUCAGAUAUUGAUGGGUUUUUUUCCUAGGAAGUAGAGUCAAUGCUUACAACCAACUUAUUUAAAUGAGCUCUGCUAUUUCUAAGAGUGAGCUUUCUAAAGCCAGAAUAACACCAGACAGCUGUUGAUGGCUCCAGAAAGCCAUGCAGUUGAGGUCUAACUUGCUGAGGAAGAAUUUACCAGAUGUUUGUGGGGUUUAACCCGAAAAGAUCAAAUCUACACUUAUUUAAAACGUAUUUUCCCAAUUCUUAUUUUGAAUCCAUUUAAAUAAUUCCUCAUGUUGACAGAACUCCUCAGAUACAUAAUCAAAAGCUGUUCAUGCUGGUGAUGAGCGAAUGCAAUCCUCUGACUAUGGCUGUACAUUUCUAGUGUUAUUCAAAGACUAACUGUUUGAUCAUUGAUGAAGUUGCUCCUUGUACUCCGUGCGCUGCAUGGAUCUCCCGGUGUUUGGAAGUCCAAAGCUAAAGGCUACUAGUCACUAAUGUAUGCUAUUGUUAGCGAAUGCUAAAUUCUCAUUCGGCAGGACCUAUAUAUUAAGGUUUUUAUGUUAUAAACACACAGAAAUGAGCAAAUUGUAAGAAAAGUGUAAUUUCCCAUCUGCCUGAAUUCUUGUUGGAUGGAGGAGUUUUAUAUAUCACCCUUUUAGCUUUCAGUAGGUCUGAGUCAUCAUUGAAUGACUGUCGAUGUGUCCAAAUGUUGCAGCCUGAAAACAGCACACAGGAAAGUCUUAUUUAAAAAUUCAUCAAGAUACUCUCUAGUAUCCUGGAUGUCAUAGCAGAAAAAAGCUGCAAAAGAUGCAACAGUAUUUUAUUGUUCUAGCUAAAGUCCGUCAAACUAAAAAGGCACUUUGGGAAUGUUCUGAACUCUAGAGGAUGUGUGGGAAAGUUUUGUUUUCUGGGAUAAAGCUACUUUUAUUGGGAAUGCUGAAAGCCACAUUAUAGCUCUUUUCAUAGCUUUGUUGUAGCCUCAUGUAGCAAAGCAUUUUUUUUUUAUCUUUAUCAGUAGAUUUCACCCUGUGCUAUCCUAAACAAACACUCCUCAUGUAACCUCCUGGCCUGUAGCUGUCCCUUUAUCAUGGCAACAAACUCAUCGACCUUCAUGCUGGUGGGACGGCAGAAGAAAAACCAUUUCUGAAAUUGCUCCUGCCGGUGACUCACACUCCUCUCCUGUGUUUACACUACACUCCACACACACUCAUCCCUGCUCUGCUAAUUGGUUAGUCCUUCGCCCUUUUUUUUUCAACCUUUGCGUCCAAAAAGGUUUUGUUUUGGUUUUUUUGGUUUUUUAAAUCUGGAUCAAAUGUAUCCUGUAGUUGAAACUCAUAGUUUGCAUUGUUUUUUUGUUUUUUUUUCCUUUAUUCCAAGUCAUGAAUGGGCAAUCUGUAUAAAUAUAUUUUUUAUUGAGUACAGCACGAGAUGCUCCGUUUAUAUAUUUCAGUCUUUGGUUUUCAGUGCUGCUCAAAGGUGGGAAUGUUCCUGAUUGGUCAGGCUUUAUUAUGUCAUGUAUGAGGUUGGUUUCAAAACAAAUUAAAAUUAAACAUAUGAAAAAAGAUGAUUCUG